UAUUUUGUGUCAUGUCUGCUGUUGCAGAGCAGGAACCUGGAUUACCUGACCAAGAGCGAGAAGGUGGUGAGAUGGGGCACGACGCCAGACAAAUUGUCCUGCACGUGCUGCCAAUCGAAGAAGCUGCCGAUGACAUCGAUGGAACCGCAGCAUUUCUGGUUUCGCAGGCAGUGGUGAGAGCCAUUACUGAGGAAGAGUGUGGGGAGGAGGAGAUAUGGCCUGAUGUUGAGGAGGUCUGGCCACAUGUGGAAGAGGUCUGGCCCGCUGUCCAGGAUAUGUGGCCUGAAAUCGAAGAGGUCUGGCCUGAUGUUGAAGAAGAUUGGUAUAUCUGGAACGGUGACCAAGAAAAUGAUGAUGAAGAUCAGAGGAAAGAUGAAAAUCAACAGGACUACAAAAACGAAGAGGAGGAGGAAGACGAUGAUGACGAAGAAGAUGAUGACGAUGACUAUGAAUACGAAGAGGAUGAGGAGGAGAAGGAAGGGGAAGGGGAAGAUAACGAUGAAGAUCGUGGGGAGGAGAUUAUCCUUCAUGCCUGUGAGUUCACCUAUGUGGGUUUAGGUCUCUAG